AUGAGAACUAAAAAACUACCACGUAGAAAACAAAACAAGCUCGAUAAGAUAGAAGACUGCUACUACUUCCUGUAUUCUACGUGUCAGAGAGGACAAGAAUGUGGAUUUAGACACAAUUUGCUCUCGAAACAGUGUAACAUUCUUUGUGAUGAAUGGGAUAGAACUGGCUCAUGUCGUGAAGAGUGCCCAUUAAGACACUCUCGCUACCAUCUAAAGAAGAGUAGAGUGGAUGAGAUGUGUUACUGGGAGAACCACGGUGGAUGCAAGAAGAGAUUCUGUGAAUUCAAGCACGAAAACGAGGAGAAAGACGAAUGGAAGCGUGGUGAAAUACAGGACUUGAAUGAGGUCAGAAGAGAGAAGAACGAGAUUGUGGCUGAGACCCAGGUGGAUCCUGAGGAGUUUGAGACUGAGAGAAGGAAGAAGAGACGUGCUAAAAUUGAGAACAGUAAAAUUAAGAAAGCCAAGCAAAUUAUGGCACGUAAGCUUAAAAGAGACAUGAAAGGAAUGGAUGCUGGAACACGACUGAAUUUCGAGCGUGUUCUGAAUUUGAUAGAGGGAAAGAAGAGCGAGGAUGACGACGAUGCCGAACUGCGUGAGUUGGAAGACCUCUGUAAAUAA